UCUGCGUUACGAAUUUGUCACUAAAUACUUUUUGACAAUUUUCUGACUGCUCCACAUAACGAUUAGCUUCAUUUUUCAUGACGUUAUUUAUGAAUCAGUUUUCGAAAAGCAUUAGUAUGCGUUCUGUUCACCGUUAGGAGAAGAUCCAACGACUUCGGACAGGUAGUUCUGGGAAUUCACUCACAUGUCGUAAUACAUGCCGCAUACGUUGGCACUACUACAGUUUGCCAGUUUGCCUGUGGAGCAAAGGUUCGUGAGUCCUGAAGAUGGUUCACUUGUUGUAGUCUUUGGUUAACUUUUGUCUCGAUCGCACUACAUCUUGGCGACAUGGGAGUCCAACGAAGUGCCUUCUUGUUGUGGAUAUUGCUAAUGAUCCGGUUCGGAAACAGCCAGCGAUUCCCCGCCUAUGAAGUGUCCCAUACGGCCCUGAUCGGAUGGACCCAACCCGAUGGAUUCAUCAAGUUCGACUGCGCGGGAUCCUAUCUGGGUAGAAACAUCAUCAUGACCGGAGCACGCUGUCUUGAAAGAAAUGGCGCACGUACGGACAUCGUAAGACUUGGAACGGCCAUGGGCAGCCCUCAGGAUUUCCACGUCCAGAACAUGACCGUCCACUAUCGGUACCAGGCGGAGUACUACUACCACAAUAUGGCGAUCAUCUUCCUAAUGGAAGAUCCUCAGCUAGUUUCCGGUCGGUUCAAGCCGGCGUGUAUAUACUCGCGACCGCCUCCGAUACCGGAAGGACGAGUUCACCUGAUCGGAAGAGAUGGCGGUGGAAAUUACCACAGGACUGAACUAGAUUUGGUCGAUUCGGCCAAGUGUCACGAGUACUACAGUCCAACGAAGAAACUGAAGUACGGUGCUCUGCUGGUUUGUUGCAUGUGUGCCCGAAAUCCUAAUGUCGAUAAAUGCGCGUCGGAGCUGGGCUCACAAAUGCAGAUUGUUCUGGAAAAGAACGGCAAACGGGUUCCCUUCUUAGUGGGACAGAAGACGAUCAACCGGUCUUGUGGAUCGAAGGUUCCGGGCAUUUAUACCCGGUUGAGUUCCGAUGGGCACUUGCCGUGGAUUUCAACGGUUGCCAGAAUGGACUUUCACGAUCAUGAUGCUUGCAUUGCAAAAUACUGACCAAUCAAAGGAUCUACACGUAAAGGGACUUACUAAGGCGGGAAACAAUCAUAUUUCGUAUACCAAACAUUCUUUUAUCACCUGAGAAGUCGAUGAUUACACUAAUUUGAAUUGAACCUGGUUCGUUUAAUAAUGUAUC